UGUAUCAUUGGCUAUACGAACGACCUGGAUGUAAAAUAAGUAAGAAGCGCAUUCGGGGAAAAUGGUUUUAAUGUCUAUGAGAAAAACCCAUAAGAGCAUUCAGCCGCGUUGAUGUUUUCUGGAAGGAACGGGGGGAUAAAACUCUCUAUUCACUAACUGUUUUGCAUAGUGGAAUGUAAACAAAACUGUCAAGUUUACAUUUGUAUCUACCGCAAUUAAAAUGAGCACUCGAGAAUUUCGAUUUGCUGAAGUUUUCUCGUACGAAAGCUUGGUGCAUGCAAUGGCAGGAGCAGUGGGGAGUGUGACAGCAAUGACCGUUUUCUUCCCACUUGACACUGCAAGACUACGGCUGCAAGUGGAUGAGAAGAGGAAAGCCAGGUCCACUCCUGCCAUUCUGUCAGAGAUUGUCAAGGAAGAGGGGUUGCUGGCGCCCUACAGGGGCUGGCUCCCAGUGAUCUGCAGUCUCUGCUGCUCCAACUUCGUCUACUUCUACUGCUUCCACAGCCUGAGAGCCAGCUGGCUCCGGGGACACAAGUCAACUCCAAGCAGAGACCUGCUAAUGGGCACCGCUGCAGGUGUAGUGAACGUGCUUAUGACCACUCCACUGUGGGUGGUCAACACACGACUCAAGCUUCAGGGGGCAAAGUUCCGCAAUGCAGACAUCCGUCCCACUAACUACUCAGGCAUCAUGGAUGCCUUUGUGCAGAUCAUUGAGGACGAAGGGGUGGGGGCCCUGUGGAACGGGACAUUCCCCUCUCUCCUGCUGGUGCUCAACCCGGCUGUCCAGUUCAUGAUCUAUGAGGGCUUGAAGAGGCAGAUGAGAAGCUUGGUUCACAGAGAGCUGUUGUCUCUUGAGGUCUUUCUGAUUGGUGCCAUAGCCAAAGCAGUGGCCACCACAGUCACAUACCCACUACAGACUGUACAGUCCAUCCUGAGGUUCGGUCAACACGCGCAGCACACAGACGGAUCACCAUUGCUGAACAGCCUGAGAAGUGUGAUGCAUCUGCUGAUCAAUAGAGUGAGGAAGAAUGGCAUGCUGGGCCUGUUCAAAGGCCUGGAAGCUAAACUCCUACAGACUGUCCUGACCGCUGCCCUCAUGUUCCUGCUCUACGAGAAGAUUGCCAGCAGCACUUUCAGGGUCAUGGGAGUGAAGAGGCCUGCGUCCAGCCACUAGCCUGUCUGUUACAUCAGACAUCCGAUCCCAUAUUGCUCCCUAUCUGUAGCUCUAACCCCUCAAUGUUGGCAUGUCUAAAGGGUCUGGAUAGGUAUAAGCAGUGUAGCUAGGGGUAAAUCUUCCACCGUAUUGCUUCUAUCUUACAUAUCUUACAUGCAAGUGUCAAAGGGUUAGGGCCAAAGGGAGGGGAAGGGAUCGAACUGAGACCAGCUGAGACUGUACCAGAGAUAUUAGAGAAAGGAUGAGAUAGCAGUCCCAUUGGGCAAUGAAUGAAGUAAUGUAUAACGCUUCAUCCAGAAGACUGUCGACCAAUCACUUGGUCCACGCGGUGCAUUCUGGGCAACUCUGGGACAAGAAGAGCUCUCCUUCAAACAGUGAAUGGGAGUCAAUUGGGCGCAAGCUCAAAAUCCCCAAAUUAGCAUGAAUAACCCAAACCCUUUUCCUAACCUUAAUUCUCCUAAUCUGCUGUGUAAAUUCUCCUAACCUGCUACGAAAACCCAAAUCUGACAUUCAUUUGACAAAAGCUGUAUCCCUUCUAGCCAUGACCGAGCUCUCCUUGUCCCAGGUUUUUUGUCUAUUGAUUUUUCUGUAACUGCCAUUUUUUGUGGAAGUAGACACCACUUGUUCCUCAGACUCCUGUGGAUUUCACCAUUUUGUACUUUCUAUGUUCUUCUAAGAUUAGCUGCUUAACUAAAUCCACAAAUUAUUUAGUGAUGCAUUGUUGCUCUUGUCAAAUCACUGAGAAUUUUUUUCAUUGUGUCAUUAACUGUCUCUCUGACAAAGUAUAGAAUAAUUAAGGGAUGUAAUUAAAUGCAUUUUUGUACAGUGCCAUGUCAUGGAUGGAUAAUUCACCAACAUUUCAGAUUCUCAGAAAGGUAUAAAUAAAUGUUGCUUCUCAAAUAAGUACAUUUUAGUUUUUUUUACCAUAUGCAUUCACUGUCAUUUUCAGAUUGUCAUUUAAAAAUUCUGUUUAUCCUC